CCGUCUAGGUCUAGUCUAGACUUCGAUUAAGUAAGUUAGAUUACAGUUAGAUCUAUCUUAGAAUAAAGACUAUCUAGUUCUGGAUUUUAUAACUCAUUAACUUAACAGUAGAUCUAGAUCUCUACUCCACUUUUUGUAAGGAGUCAUCAUUUAUUUUAAAAACAAAUGACUGGACCAUUGUUAAACAGUGACUUGUUAUUUAGUCAGCAAUUAUCACAGCCAUUGACUGACCCUGGCUCUUCACACACGGAAAGACCAUCAGGUACUCCUAGAGCCUCUGCAAAUAGAUCCAGAAGCUCCAGGAGGAGUCAUCGUAGUAGAUCUUCCAGCAGUCGAAACCGAAACAGACAUAGGCAUUAUAACAGGCACCAUGAUCGAUAUGGAACACGAGUGCAUUUCAAACAGAAAGAAAGAAACUUUCUAUCAGCUUCCUGUAGUAUGAUUGCGAUUGUUUUGUUAUGUACAUCUCUUGAACCAGACUGGAUAUUUUUAACUGGAGGGGGUUGUCAUUUGUUGUCUGCGCCUGUAGGAAGCAUGAAACAGCUCAGCACAAGUCAGUUUUUCUACAAUGGACAUUUUUAUAAGAAUUAUCCUAAUACUGACAUUUCUGAUGUGGUUUACAAGUUUGGUCCCUUUUCCAAUGAUAUUAUGGUCAACUGUGUUACAUACCCAACAGUCCUUUUAUUUAAAACCACCAUCGCUUUUGUUUUCGUUGCUGUGUUAUGUAGUUUAACUGGUUUCCUGUUGGAUUUGAUUGGACCUAACUAUCAACUUCUAAAGCUUUUAAGAAGAAAUGCAAUUUUUAAUAUUUUAACAGUUAUUUUGUGUGUCACAAUCAACCUGUUCAUUUACUGGAUAACUACAGCAAUUGAAAAACUCCAAACUAUGUCCCGGCUCCAUGAAGGCAGUAAGAUUCAGGUGACCUUUGAUGUCAGCUUUUAUCUUGUCACAGCAGCUGGAGGGAUGUCUGUUCUGGCCACUGCUUUCAACUGUCUGCAUAGACAGACUGAAAAUGAGACCUCUGAAUCUUCUCGUGGUUCAGAUUAUUUAUAUUUUGAUGAUACACAAGUAUUGUUACCACCAGUAACUCCUACUGCAGAUUUAGCCCCACCCCCAGCAUACACACCUUAAUUUAUUGACUUAAAAAUUUCAAUUUUCAAUGAAUGAUUAAAUAAAAAAAAAUUAACUUCACAAAUCUCAAAAAUAUUUGUACAUAAAUUUUUAUAUCUGUAAAAACUAUUUAUUUUUUGCAUUUGUAAUAUUUCACCCAUCUGGCAAAGUAAAUUUGUGUUACUUACACUUACAUAAGGCCAGAAAUUUGGCAUUGGGAGUAAAAAUUAAAUUACAAUUGUUAAACUUUAUCCUCUUAUAUUUAUCUAUUAUAAAAUAUAGACCUGAAGCUUUUGAUCUUUGCUUGCAAGAGUGCACUUUAAAUCUAAGAAAAUAUAACAAAUAAUGAGGAAACUGUUUGGCUUAUCCAAACUUUUAAUAUAAGAAAAUUUCAUUAUGAUUUAUUAAGACUUAUUUUGCCAGAACAGGUCACAUAUUAGCAUUAGCAAGUUUUGUAUUAUAUUUGUCAAAGAUAUGCAUACCAGAGCUUGAAAGAAUUAGAAUCUCUUGUUGGAUAAUAGCUUCUACUUUUAUUUUAAUGAGUUUUGUUUAUACACACUAAAACCCUUAGCCUAUAGCCUAAUUUAUUUUAAUAACAUAUUUUUCUAGUUUAUUCCCAAAAAUGAUAGCCUCAAUUAGAAAGUGAUUUUAUGCUAUUUAGCUGAACUUGUAGGAGAAAUUUCCAUUGUUAGUUCUGGGUCUAUUAUAUUUAUGGUGACAUGUAAAAUGUUUUGUUUAUGUAAUUUUGUGUAAUAUAUUUUUUACUGGUACAAUUUGCUUGUACAUAUUGCAAACAAAAUUUUUUUUUUUGCCAAAAUAAAAUAAAUGCAAGUGCCAUAUAUUACUAUAAUAGGUUAAAGUUUGAUUCUGUACGGUACUAAUUUUAAUGAAAGUUACUCAGCAUAUGAAAAUCUCUUUUCUAACUGACCAUGUUAUUUAUUGAUAAGAUACUUUUUAAGAAUUAUACCCAUUUGGUGAUUUUUUAAUACUCGAAUAGACCUCUUUAACUGUAGUGUAUAACUUAAUUUGUUGUGUGCAUAAGUAAUUACCAAAAGAUAAAAAAAUUCAAAUGGGAUAUGAUGAAAUUAACAUGAAACUCCAAUUUGAAAAUUGUACAAGUGGGAAAUGUUUGUCAAAGUCAAAAUGAUAAUGAUUUGCUCAGCAUUGUUAAAUCCUAAAUGGCACAGUGCCGAGAUUGGAAUGCAGAUAAAAACAUCUAGUGUAUAAUUCAAAAUUUAACGAGAUGUUGCUUAGGAGACCUAAAUGCAUGUUAAAGAAUAAGUAUACCGGUACUAAACAUACUAGAUAAAAAAUAAUAAAUAUGUUCUGUUAUGAAAUCUCUGAAUUAUUACAGAUCAUUAUUUCAACCAUCAGUAAAAACAACAAAAUUGAUUUUUAUUUAUGCACUGGUUUUUAACCUUAGUAGAAAAAAAAUUAUAACAUAAGGUAUCUGAUGAGUGUAAAUUGAGUUGUUUUUUUUAAGUACUGCAGUUAUUUCAGUGCAAUUUACCUAGAUGCCUCAAACUGCUAUUGUGAUGUAUGUCUCUAUACUCUAUAGUGUUAUUGACUUUUUAAUGUACACAUAUAUUAUGGUACCAAAGAUUGUUUUCUAAACACAGGUGUACUUCAUGACACUGUAAUCAAAUGUUAAAAUGUUAUACAUGCCCAACAAUAGUUCUAUGUGCCUGCCCAAGACACCUUAAGUUUUGUUUUAAAUUAACCUUUAAAAAAAAAGGCAAUACACUUAUGUUUUCCAUGA